AUGGCUGCUUCACCCAUGUCGGCGUCUUCCGACAACGCCUUUGUCACUCUCCUGACCUCGGACCACUAUCUCCCAGGCGCCCUGGUGCUGGCUCAGUCUGUCCGCCUUGCCCACGGCAUAUCCAAGGAUGAUCGCUCCUCCAGCGCCACCGGUAGCGCCCGCAAGCGCUUCGACAUCGUCGCGUUGAUCACCCCAGACACGCUCUCGGUGCAGACCGUCAAGGCACUGCGCCGCAGCGGCCUAUUUGACUGGAUUGUCGGCGUCGAGCCGAUCGGCUUCAAGCAGCUGCUCGCCACGCCGACUGCCGAUGGCGACGGUGGACUCGAGGCCAAUGAUACCCUGCUCAAGAUGGAAAGGAACCUGGCACUUCUCGGACGACCCGACCUACAAGACACGCUGACCAAGCUCCAUGUCUGGAGGCUCGGCCGUGACAGCGCAGCCUCGCUGCCUGGCACCGCCACGUCGGCGUCGGGUCGCGGGAUCUGGCAGGGAUACGACAAGAUUGUCUUCCUCGACGCCGAUAUGCUCGUACUCCGCCCCAUUGACCAUCUCUUCUCGCUCAGAGGGGAUCCCAACUUUGCCGCCUCGCCCGACACGGGCUGGCCCGAUGCCUUCAACAGCGGCCUCAUGCUGCUCAAGCCAUCCGAGGCCACCUUUGAGUCUAUCCGCAAGUUUGCCAGGGAGCGUGGCAGCUGGGACGGCGCCGACCAGGGCCUGCUCAACGACUACUUUGGCGCCGAAGCCGACGAGGACGCGCCUCCCUCGGCCACCGAAGCUGCGCCGGGCGGUGGAUGGAAGCGUCUCAGCUUCCGCUACAACGUCACCUCGCACGGUGGCUACACCUUUGCGCCCGCUUACCAGCGCUACGGCACGUCGAUCAUGGCUUCGCACUUCAUCGGCCAGAACAAGCCGUGGAACCGUCCUCGUCCAGUGGCCAGCGCGGACCCAAAUCCGCACCUCGCAGCGGCCGACCAGCCAAGGGGCGGACAACCGACGAUUGGGCCGAGCGAGCCCAACUACCUGCUAGCCCUCUGGCACGACACCUGCGCCACCAUCUACCCGGACUCGUCGCUCAGUGUGGUCCCGAGUGCGCCCGGCGUUAUCGUCGUGCAGAGACCUGCGUUCACUGUCCCAACCUACAAGGCCGUCUGGGACGUCGAGGCGAAGCUCGACAAGGAGCGCGAAAUCGAGGCGGCUGUCCACAACGAGCCCGUCGCUGCCGCGCCCGAGGCUCAGUACCACAGCCUGCCGCUUGAUGGCCGUAUCAGCCUGAUUGCACCGCGGCCUCGUACGCCGACGCCGCCGCCAUCGCCGCCGACUCCGAAGCCUCGAGACUUCCAGCAACAACAGCAGCCAUCUCAAGCAGGCGCAACGGAUUACGCUGCUGCUCCGGCGCCGUCUGCUCCCACUGAGGCUCCUUUGCGAGACAUGGACUCGCCCGACCACUUUGAACCUCCGCAGCUCACCUGGGACGCUGCUCACGCGCCGCCUCCCACGGGCCAGGGCGAGCAGUUCUACCAAAUGCGCAACCCUCCAGACACCUAUUAUCAGAACGUUUGGGACGAGCGCGCAAGGGCGCCCCGCUCCCUGGCUGAGCAGAAGGCCGUCUUCUUUCAGCCGCCGCAGAACACCAGCGCCUCGCGCAACGGCCCGGAGGCGACCGGCGGCCCUGGCUACAUUCCACCACGGUUGAAGCGCGAUCACGUCUUUGACAACCUCGGGAGCGACCGGCCCGACCCGAGCAAGAUCAAGCCCAUCUUCCCGUGGGAGCAGAAGAGGUCAGCAGCACCGCCAACACGUGUCUUUCCCGACGAGCCGAAGCCGCCGCCGCCGCCUCCCGCGCCGCAAGGUCAACAAGCAGCCUCGUCGUCCGACUCCGCAGCCAAAAAGGCGCUGCUGAGCUUCGAGGCCAGCGAAGGUCGCAGCACGUCGGGCACCGCUUCGCCGACCCUGUCAACCAUCUCUGCGUCCUCCUCGAUCCGUAGAGGCCUGCCCUCGAAUCUCGCCUACACCAACGCGUGGGACGAGGAAAACGCCAUCGGCAAGUUUGCCCAGUGGUGGACGAAAGCCAGCACCCGCAGCGAGGGCAAGGAGGUCGGUGUGCAAGCGACGCCCGCCGUCCGGCACCGAUCGGCGCAGACGGGGACCCGGGCAGGGAUGGUCAACCAGGGGAUGUCGACCGCGGACGCCGGCACCUCGAUGUACGACACCAACGCCGAGGGCGACGCGGGUGCCCAGAGCGAUAGCCGCGAUGGCGAUGACGAGUCUUCGAGCGACGGCGAAGAUUCCGACGGCGGCGACAACAACAAUCAUCGCCGGACGGCAUCUGGCAGGAGCAGCGGCGGCGAUGGCUACUCUUCCUCGAGGUCGCGCGGAGGGGCCAGGAGGGGCUACCAGAAAAAGGCCGAGAACUCGCCAGUGCUGCAGGCCUUUGUCACGCCCCGCAGCCCGAGGACGACUUCGCGCUUCUCCAACGCGACACUCGCUUCCGAUCCGCGCUCGUCGAUCGAUGCCAGCGGCUACCCGAUCGGCUCGCAGAGGGCAAAGUACCGUAUCCGGCCCGAGAACUGGAGCGGCAGCUCCGGAGGCACGCCGCCCAAGAGUGCCAGCUACGCUCGCGGCACAGUGGGCGAGCAGCCGUCGGGCUACCACCGCCGACGCAGCCAGGAUGGCAGCGGGGAGCUGUACACCCGCAGCGGAAGCGGCUCCGGAUCCGGUGGGUCCGGCACCACGAGUCCGACGAACCUGAUCGGGCUGCGUGGCACCUCUGCCGUGGCGGCGCCCAAGAUCCCAACCUCGUCCUUCUCGAUUUCUCGCAGCUACGGCGUUGUUGGCGGCGGCGGCAGCAGCGGCGCCGGGCAUCACGCCCCGCCGCCUCCGAUCCAGACGAGGACGAGCGGUCGCAACGGCAGUCCGAGCAGUCGCGGACUGAGGACGCCGACCUACCACGAGUUCGGGCCUGCCAACGCGGGCGGAGUCGACGUGCCGUUCAGCUCGAGCCCCGUCAACUCUCGUGCUGAGCUCGACCAGCAGAGCCGGGCGCACCGAAACACGUACGCCUCCAGGACGGGCGGGCAGAGCUUCAUGUGA